CGAAACACGCAAAGCUGAAACUCCUGUCUGAGUCCUUUUCUUUUCCAUGUGAAAGUAAUUGGGAACGACACCCUCAGGGACUGUGUGGGAUUAACUGAAAUGGCGUCUAAAACAGCAGAGGCUACAGAAUCAUCUUUGGAAAUCGAGCUGACGAAGAAAUCAACUCGCAAAGGUGGAACUAGAAAUUCAGAAGGUAAAAAACGUCGGCGGGUGAACACCAUCCACUUGUGGGAAUUUUUACUGGAUCUCCUGGCAAAUGAUGAUUUACGAACUAUAAUAUGCUGGAGUCGAAGAGAAUUCAAAGAAUUUAAACUGAAAAGACCCGAGGAGGUAUCAAGAAGAUGGGGUUUGGUUAAACGAAAGAAGGGAAUGAAUUAUGAGAAACUCAGUCGAGCAUUACGAUUCUAUUAUAGCCAAGGAAUCAUUCAAAAGGUUCCUGGCCAACCUUUCACGUACAAGUUCGACAGGCUGCCUUACAAAUAUGAGCCAAGAGUCUCAAAGUCAAGUGAUCAAGAAAGCAAAACGAGUUCAUCCAACAGAGAACAAGAGAAAAUUCAUCUGAUAAGUCUACAUUGCAUAAAGCUGGACAAUCCUCACUGUCGUCUUCAUCUGAGCAGUCAACACUUUCUCCUGCCGAAACCCCCCGGGGGAGAUGUACAUCCCCCUGUCUGGUACCCAUACUUGCAGAGUCAGCACAAGCGAGCCGAGAGACAGUUGAAUAUUGUUCUCCUCAAGAAAGCAAUAUUUCAAGCUUCAGUAGAAAAAAGAUUGAAAGCUACCGUCCCCAAAGUUGUCUAAAGCAA